AUGGCUUAUUAUAAGACGAAAGGUUUACUCAGUGUGUUUCACAAAAAUUUUAAAAAUUCCGAUGAAUACGUGUACUCUCCCGAUGUGGAUGUGAAGUGGAAGCACAUAAAAUCGAAUGACCGGAAGAUAAAGUACUGCGUCGCAAUCCAGCAUGAGGGGAAAAUAAGGGACUUCUCGUGGAACAAAAAUGGAAAUUACCUCUCUGUAACGUGCUUACGAAAAGUCGGACAAUACCACUACUGCUAUUUGCAUCAUUUAAAAUCAAUGAAGUCAAUCAAACUGAUAAAAAAGUACAAUCAGAAGAGGGGAGACCUUGUUCAAUCCAUGUUUUUUCCCUCUAGUCCUUAUUUCUUGGCAGCAUUUCAAAACGGCAUCACGAUAUAUAACUUGAAAGCCUCGUCGAAGAAAGAGAGAAUUGUAAAAAAGCUGAGAGGCAUUCAAAAUAUAACAUGUGUGGAUGUACACAUUAACGAAAGUUACAUUUUAUCCUCGGAUGAGAAGGGGAAUGUGUUCAUUUUUGAUUUGGAUUUGUCGAGCAACCCGUACAAGAAAUUUCACCUCCAGGAGUGUUCCUUGAAGAAGGUGGAGUUUCACAAAAAGUACAAUUUGUUUUAUUCGUUAAGUUCAAAUGGAGUAGUGAAUUUGUUUUAUGCGAAAUUUUUUCAAGACUAUGUAACCAACCCUGUUUUGCUGCCAAUUAGGCAGCUGUCGAGUGAGUCAAAGAUUAGCGACGUCACCUGGUCGGGCAGGAGUCCAUGGUUGUUCGCGCACACGGAAGGAAAUUUUUCCGUCUUGUACACAUAG